UAGCUUUUUGGAAAACUGUUUGGAAAACUGCUCCGCUCCGCUCAGCUCAGCUCUCCAGUGUCCCGUUAUCGAGGCCCAGUUGUUCAUCUAGUUCCAAGCUCUCUCGCCGCGCUGCUCUCGCACACCCACACAAACGCAGGAGCCACAGCUGAGCGAGCGUCGAGGAGAGGGAAGAAGUGGAGAGAGAACCUCUCUGUAAACUUAAAGCUACGCUCCGUUCUUGCGCAUAUUCGUUCUGCUCAUGUUAACUUACAGAGCAAAGCAAAACCCACUCAAUCGCUUUGACGAGCACGAAUAUAUAUACCAAUGCGAGCAGAGCAAAUGAAGUCUAUAUAGUUUCGCACACCGGACCAAAUGAGCAGAAGUAUAGCCAGAAAACCGGAAAAAAGAACACUUCUACAAAACGCAGCCAUCAGCACUUGAAACUCCGCCAUAUGUAGCAAAUCGAAAUAUCUGUCCAACCAACAACAAAAUUAAAUCAAAACCAUGUGCUGUGCUUAAAUUUAUUAACAAAAAACCAGACAGAGCGAGAAAGAAAAAGGAGGCCCAAGAAAAGAGCGAAAGAAAAAGCAAGAGAGAGAGAGCUGGACGGGGCGGCGAUUUGCGUUGAUUUUUUAGCAUGUAUUGAAUUGAAAUGUUUAACUAGAAUAACAAAUUUAGUUGUUGAUACUUUUCCAAUUGUUUGUUAAACGCUGUCACUGGAAAAUCGAACUCUCCACCCACACAACACACAACACACACGCGAAAUAAAAUCAAAUUCUUGUGAUUAAAGUGCAUUUCUAUACGUACGUUAAAUACAACUAUCCACACUCACGCAAUAUAAUAAUACGCAACGAAAGUCGGUCGAGAUCGGUAUUGGAAUCGAAAUCUAUAUAUUUGACAACAAGGCUUUAAUUUGAAAAACCCACUUGGCUGAAAACACACAAAAUAGCAGUUUUAACGGCCAUUCUAUGAAGAUGGAAGUGCUCUCAGUACAAAAUCACAUUCAGGGAAAAUUCGGUGUUAAUAAAAUUAAAGACUGGCAAGCUGCGACGGCACCGCUGGAGGAGGAGGAGGAGCUGACCGCGGCCGUGAACGGAAACGUGAACGGGAACACAGCCGCCGGCGAGGGUGUACUGGACGUCGACGUGGUGGAUGGCCAUCCGGCCUCCGUGCUCCAUAUGCGACAGCACCAGGCGCUCAAUACGCGCCCACCCGCCACGCCCCCAACGGCAGGGGGCGGUGGUCCGAUGGCCGGAGGAGGAGCCGGAGGGGUGGUGACCACUCCCAAGCAGGCCACUUCGCCGGUGGCUGCGGCCAGUUUCGAGGUGCCGCUUAGCGCUGGCAGUGCUGCCGCCUAUCAUCACGCCUACAUGACCAACGUGCUGGCCAGCACCGCCCAUCAUCAUCAGCAGCAGCAGCAGCAGCAGCAGCAUUACCACCACCCACUGCCCGCCUCGCCGCUCCAGUCUACGGCCGGCGCUCGAAUCGGGGCCGCCGACAACCUGGACGACGUGAGCGCCAGCGCGGUGCUGGAGCUUUCGCAUCAACUGCAGGCCCAGCUGCGGGACGCCAAGCGACGCCACCUGGCCUGCACCGAGGUCACGCUGCCCAACGACCUCACGCAGCGCAUCGCCGCCGAGAUCAUCCGGAUGUCGGAGCGGGAGCCGUGUGGCGAGCGGGCCUGCACACUCUUCAUUGAGUUCGAGAGCGAGCCGAAUAAUGUGAGGCGCAUUGCAUCCUUUAAGGUGGACCCAGACACGGUGUCGAUAUUCGAGUUGUACUUGACGUUGAGGCAGGACAAGAGCGGCUGGACCUCACUGCUGCCGCAGUUUAUAAAAAACCUCACACGUAGCAAUACUAUCAACAUUAGUCCCGACUUCACGCUGACCAAGAAGAAACUCUACUAAUCCCAGUGAGUCCCUCGACGGAGGAGCGGCAUGGAGUGCGAACCAGAAUAGCUGGGCUGCUCAGAACUCGAUCCCUCCGAACAACAACAGUAACAGCAGCAGAAACAACAACAGCAGUAAUCG